GGAGGAAAUGCUUUGAAAAUAUGGACCUAAGAGUUUAAACGAAGAUGCUUGAGAUGAGGGAGAAGUGCUGCUGCCACUGAGGCCUAAAACUGCAUAACCGAGCAACCAGUCCUGACCAGGCAAAACACGAAUGGCCCAGGGAAGCCAGCGGAUUGAUACCCAGGUGUUACAUGACCUGUGCCAGAAGUUUCCUGAGGUACCUGAGGGUGUUGUAUCCCACUGUAUACUGCAGAACAAUAACAAUUUGGAUGCAUGUUGUGAAUUCCUGUCCCAUGAGAGCACCAAGUAUCUUUAUGGAGAAGGAGAUCUAAACUUUUCUGACGAUUCCAGCAUUUCCGGACUUCGAAAUCACAUGACCCAGCUGAACCUUGGCUUGCAGUCACAGAAUGUGUAUCACCCCCCUGGCUGGGAAGGAGUUAGAAUGAAUGGCAGCAGGACUCUGUCCCACAGCCUCAGUGACGGGCCCCUCCAGGCUGAAAAGCCAAACAGCGAAUUUUUUCAGCAAGAACCCCAGUCAGCUCCUGUGCAAGGGGCUUCCAGCUUAAACGUCUUUGGAGUUAUGGACACAACGCGAAACCCACAUGCUCCACAGCACCUUGGACUUUACCAGUUGGGAGGCAAAGGACACCCUGCAGGUUCUCAACAGGCACCUAGGUUUAACCCUAUCACAGUCACGCUGGCCCCCAAUAUUCAGACUGGCCGAAACACCCCCACCUCUUUGCACAUACAUGGUGGGCCCCCACCUGCCCUAAACAGUCCCCAGGGUAACUCUAUCUAUAUCAGGCCUUAUGUCACUCAAUCUGGUACAACCCGGCAAACUUUGCAGCAACAGCAGCAAGCGGGCUGGUCACAAUUUGGUCCCAGCUCACAGCAGCAACAGCAGCAGCAGAUCUAUCAGAUCACCCAUCCUUCCCAGUUGCCUGGCCCCUGUACUCUCCCGUCCCAUUACAGCUCUACACAUACCUCAACGCACCAGCCACAGGGCCACCAGACGUCGCACGUCUACAUGCCCAUCAGCUCACCCACUACUGCCCAAGCGCCCCCUUUCAUGCAGGCUGCUCCUGGCAGCCAGCCUUCCUCCUCUUCCUCCUUCAGCCAGUACAAUAUCCAGAACAUCUCCACAGGGCCACGCAAGAACCAGAUCGAAAUCAAACUUGAAUCACCCCAGCGGAGUAACUCCAACACCACCACUGCAGUGCUGCGCCCUGGAGGAGUAGGAUCAAGUGGCUGCGGACCUCGUUCAUCCUCCUCCGCUGCUGCCCCUUCCUCCUCCUCUGCCACCUGUUCCACAACACCCUUAUCUAUCAGCAGUCAGUCACUGAGUCGCAGCCAACCCACCGUUUACAUAGCUGCCAGCCCGCCCGCUUCCUCUGCUGCUGCCGCAGAAGAGGCCCAAGUGGCUUCCACCGGCUCCCGCACACAGCCCAAGUUUUACAUUUCAGCCAAUGCAAACCCCACGGGUGAUGACCCCGGUGUCCGGAACCCACCCACACUCUACAUCUCGGCAAAUCCACAAAUGCCAGGGACAGCUGCCUCUCGGAACAUGGCAGGGCAGGUGAGCAUGGGCCCUGCCUACAUCCACCAUCACCCGCCCAAAUCCCGGGCUUCCAUGGGCACUUGUGGCACCGCCACCUCGCCCAGGGUGGUGGUAACUCAGCCCAAUACCAAAUACACUUUUAAAAUCACGGUCUCUCCCAACAAGCCUCCAGCCGUCUCCCCUGGGGUGGUGUCCCCCACCUUCGAAGCCACCAAUUUGCUCAGCAUCCCAUCUGAUCACUUUGCUGAACCCGAGGUCCAUCAUGUUUCGGACCCACUGUUAGUGCAGAGGGAAAGACCAAGCGAGGCCAGGAAACUCAGCAUGGGAGCAGAUGAUGCAGCUUACACACAAGCUUUAAUGAUACACCAGAAGGCUAGGAUGGGGCGGCUCUGGCAUGAACUUGAGAUGAAGAAGAAAAAGCUGGAAAAACUAAAAGCAGAGGUCAAUGAAAUGGAGAAUGACCUUACUCAAAGACGUCUACAAAGGUCCAACUCUGUCUCCCAGAUCCCUUCACUUGAGGAAAUGCAACAGUUAAGAUGCAGAAACAGAAAACUGCAGAUAGACAUUGACUGCCUAACCAAAGAAAUUGAUCUCCUUCAAACAAAAGGACCACACUUUAAUCCCAGCGCUAUUUAUAAUUUCUAUGACAACAUUGGAUUUCUAGGUCCUGUUCCACCAAAGCCCAAAGCAGAGCAGAGAUCUCUUGUAAAAACACCAAAGACUGUACCAGACACAGAAGAGGAUGAAGGGGCUCAGUGGAAUUGUACUGCCUGUACCUUCCUGAAUCAUCCAGCCCUCAACCGCUGUGAACAAUGCGAGUUUCCUAAGCAUUUCUGAGCCAACAAUUUUCUUUCAACAUUUUUUUCUUUUUCUUUUGUAGAAAAGACAUCUAGAGGAGUAGGAGGGCAUUCUUUUUUAACCUGUUGGUAAUAGGUUACUGACAGGGUUUUCUGAAGCUUUUCAUUCAGAUUCUUGUGGUAAAGCAGCAGAUGUUGUCCACUGAAGGCUUGCCUGAAUAGUGUUUACAGGUUGUGUGCUUAAAGCCCUUAGAGCUGAUAAUACCUCAACUUUGGGUCGAUAGCAGUGGGGGGUGGGGGUGGGGUUGAAGAGAACCUGUUCAUAACUGGCAAAUCGCCUGGCUUUAUAAAAUAAAAUAAAAAGCAAAAACACGUUUAUAAGAUGCCUCUACCAUAUGCAGUAUUACCAGUGCCUCCCUCUGGUGUCAUUAAAACAUGGAGCUGAAAGAUGUUUUGCCCUUUUUUCCUGUAAUUCUGGGGACAAGACUUAAGCAAUUCCUAGUGGAAAAACUCCACUGUAACACUACAAUUGAAGGGAGAAACCAUAAAAGGAAUUACUUUGAUAGUCUAGUUGGCCACUUUCAUUUUAAGAAUGGGAAUAUCUGAUAUCACUAGUACCUUCACCUGCCUUAUACCCCCUUCCUUAAUCGUCUCUACAGUCAAAUCUGAAACACACAUUGAAAAGAAACUGCAUGCUUUGUCUGUACAGUACAGAGUGAAAAAAAAUACCCCAACAUUUUUUACUGUACAUAGUUUUAGAGCCUGCUUUGUGACUUUGUUGUUCUUCACGCUGAGUUUCUUGUAUUUCCUAUAUGUAUAGUGUAAUAGACUUAAUAACUAACCUCCUUUUUUUUGUUUUAAGCAAGUAAACACGAUGUCCCUUUAAGCUUUUACUUGAUAUCUGUGGGAAAUAAAGCCUUAAUUAAAACAAAAAAGAGCAAUAUGAAACUAUGCACAGUUUUAGCUUUUUCUGCUCAGUCUGUUCAUUGCGCCUGUAAAUGCUGACAUUCUAUGUAAGAUCUGCAGAUGCAGCGAAGAAACAAGUUAUAUGGAACUUAAGUGGGAAAAAUGUUUAACAAAUAUUGGUAGUAUGACAUGUUUGAAUCGUCACUUUUUAAAGAAAUAAAGGAUUUUGUAAAAAAAAGUUUUACCAAUAAGUGGAAAUACAGACAAGACCAGUAACGGGCGGAGUUGUUGACAUGUCUUUGCUCAUUUGUGAAGUCUAAAAAUAAAAAAAUUGGUCUAUGUGUUUUCAGCAUGAUUAUGAGAAUUAAAUUAUAUAUACCGACGCACAAAAGAAACGCAACCCUCAGGUCUAAUGGAUUUAAUCAAAUAUUUUAAACAUAGAUAUCAAACAAAAUCACAGAAAAUGUGAACAAAAAUACAGGUCACAGAAUCGAAACAGGACACUUUCAGAAUGAAAACAUUACAAAGUUAGUAUCGGUAUGACCUCCCUGAGCAUUAACACAAUCCUGGCAGUGAUGACGCAUAGACCUGAGAAGCCUCUGUGGAGCUGGUUGGCUUGAACAAUGCAGCAGUCAGCAUAAGGCUCACCAUGACGUCUCCACACACGUUGUUGCUUCCAUCAGGUCUGUCAAGGGCAAAACAGCAUGCAUUAGAUAAUAAAACACUCCACCACUCUCUCUGCCUCCACCUCAGUUGUUCUCUGGCCAACAGAAGACAGCAAUUUCGUCUCUCAGCUGUCAACAUGUUACCCCUGAACAGCCUCCGAGCAUGCAAAUCAUUUUCAUGCAGGCAGCGAG